AAUCUAUCUACCCUUGUACCCUUUGCACUCUCGCGACCAAUCCCAGACCUCGCCUGGCCAACGAGAUCUUGUUGUUUCUUGUACGCAUGGAGCUUCCCACAACACCUCCUCCUCGCAAACCGGCGGUCCUGCGCACUUACGGGAAGAAGCGGGAAGCUCCGCUCUUUCCCAUCUUGUCACCACCUUCCCUCACCAGGUCGGAUUCGUCACGGUCCAGCGACGACUCUUCGGCACUACCAUCGUCUGACAGCGGAUUAGGGAUCUUUGAAGAUGAUAUCAAGAUUCGAGGAUCUUCGCCCGUAAGCGAGGAUGUGGUCAAGGAGGAGGUCGUCGGGGAAGGGCUGCGAUGGAUCAAGAAGAAAGUCACGACGACGCCCGUGAGAUCGCCGUUCAGCCCGACCACCUCGUCGUCACAGCCGGGAGCUUCCGGUUCGAGCUUGAGAAAGGUCGAGAGGAAAGGUCAAACCUCGAAAGCCUUGACCUCGGUCCAGGUGCCUGGCCAGUCAACGUUACGAGCGUUUUUCACUCCGAAGCCCAAGCCGGAGCCGCUCUUCUCUACUGGACUAUCUUUGCGGGCCGAGGCUCAAGCUUCUGUUUCCUCGUCUGCCAAAGACGACACUCUUCCUCCUCCUGUCUCGCUGAGUCACAAGCCCGGUCCUGGGACAUCGCCGCCCAGCAAGCCCGCGGACCCUAUCAAGAAGCUUCGUCAACUCCACUUCAAACGCCCGUCCUCCUCCUCCAGCUCCUCAUCAUCAUCAUUCACGACCUGCAAGAAAUGUAACAUGUCCUACAUCCGGGGCGAACCUGAUUCGGAGGACGAAACCCUGCAUAGGAAGAAUUGUGAAAGGGUAGUUGAUGGACAGAUCUGGGACGAACGCGAACGAGAUCGGGUUGGGGGAAAGAGCUCGGUUGGGAAACAGGUUGGAGGGGAGAUCGGGUUCGAGAAGAAGGGGCAGCAGGGGAUGGGUGGGGUCAGGACGUAUAAGGGUGUUGGGAGAAUACUUCAGAUCGGAGGAGCGGUAGCUGCCGGUAAUCCAAAGGUGUCUGAUAUCCUCUCUUCGGUCGACACGGUACUAUCAGCCCCUUCCCUCCCUUCCGACAUGUUGAAACAAUGCCAAAUUUUCCUCUUCAUCACAUCAUCACCGACUCCGCCUUCAUCUAGUAAACGCCUGGCGCCAGGGUCGAUCUCGACCCGCAAAGUCAAGGGGAAAGAGAGGGUCGUCGGAUGUGUCGUCGUUCAGCCAAUCAAGUGGGGCAUGAAAAUAGUCAACAACGUAUCGGCUGAGGAGGAUAGGGAGUCGGGUAAUGGCGAAAAUGUGACGGGGAAAAGGAAGCGGGAAGAUCUGAUCGUCGUGGGAAACGAGAUGGACAUGGACUCGGUAGAUGGAGGUGUACUUUGCUAUCCCGAGAGACAUUCCGUCAAACUAGGUGUUCAUCGGAUAUUCACGGUCCCUUCGUAUCGAGGAUGCGGGAUCGUCAAGUUGUUGCUAGACGAAGCGUGUCGAAGCGCGAUCUACGGGUACAAGUGUGAUCCUCUCAAGGGCGACGUUGCCUUUUCUCAACCGACUCAGUCUGGGAAACGGGUGAUGGAUACGUGGGGUCAAGGUCAGAUCUUGGUGUUCAACGAGGACGAACAAGAAGGAGACGAGAGCGAGUGAUGUUCUCCGUAGGUGAUCAGGGUAAACAGAUAGCAUACGGUGUACAAUUCAUGCAGGAGAGGAGGGAGUUUAUUAUGAUUACAGCAGAUGAUGCUCAAAAC